CUCGCCCUUCCUUCUCCCGGAGACGGCGCGAUGCUACCACUGGCCGAGCUCUCCUCCUCCGUCCUCCGGCGCGAUUGCCCCAGGAUCUUCGUCUCCUUCUUCUAUCGCCGCCUCCUCUCCACCGCCGAUGCCGGAGCCGUCGCCCCCGGCGAGAACCCGUCGCCCAAACCGUAUUACAUGGCGGAAUACCUCGCGAGAUCGUGCGGAUUCUCUCCGGACAAGGCGGCUGAAGCAGCAUCCAAAUACCUCCGCCGCAUCAAAUCCCCUCAACUGCCAGACUCCGUCCUGGAUUUCUGCAAAAGCCACGGUUUUGACGACGCCGACAUCAGAAAGCUCGUGUCUAGAAACCCCAGAUGUCUCGGCCUCGACGUGGAGGAGACCCUGGCCCCAAAGUUCCGAGCUUUACGAGAUCUCGGCUUCUCCCAGUCCGACAUCGCCCACCUCAUCCUCUGCAACCCCUCCGUCCUCAACCUCAGGUUCCCCCACAACGUGCUCCCCAAGAUUGAGCUGUGGAGGGAUCUUCUGGGCUCCAAUGAGCUCUUGAUAAAGCGGUUGAAGAGGAACCAAUGGCUUUUCGGCUACAGUAUCGCGAAAACGAUCCUUCCGAACCUGUCACUCUUACGGGCCUGCGGCAUUUCGGACAAGAGGAUCUCUUCGGUCGCAAAGCAGCGGCCUUCGAUUGUCUGCCAGAAGACGGAAUCACUGCAGGCUUUGGCUGAUCGCGUCGAGGGGCUGGGAGUAUCCCGCCACUCCGGCAUGUUCGUUUGGACUCUGCUCAGUCUCCACAGUGUCAGCAGAACCACCUUCGAGGCCAAGAAGAAGCUUAUGAAGAGCUUGGGGUGGUCGGAUUCGGAGUUCCUCUCUGCGUGCCGAAGGCAAGCUCCAUUUUUAUCCAAGUCGGCGAAGACAAUACAGAGAAAGAUGGAAUUUUUGGUGAAGGAAACUGGGUGUGAGCCAUCCUAUGUCGCGAGAUACCCAGAGCUUCUCAUGAUGAGCUUGGAGAAGAGGUUGGUUCCCAGGCGUCAUGUCAUGGAGAUGAUGAAGUCUAAAGGGUUACAUGGUGGGGCAUUUCAGUUGGCUACCAUUAUGAAGUUAUCAGAAAAGAAAUUUACAGAAGAAUUUGUUCUCUGCUACAAAGAGAAAGCCCCUGAAUUGCAUGAUUGGUAUGUUUCUCUCAGCUGCAAGGGAGCUCCUCCGUAGUUCCAGAUUCAGAGAUGUAAUGACUCUUGCGUUCUUGAUUGCUAACUCGUUUAAUCUCACAAGUUCGGGGCAGUAUAGAAGAUGUGCCUUUCGAGCGUGAACUUGAAGUAGUGCAAGCUCACUUCCUGC